GGUGGCCCUUCUGUUAUCCAUCCUAGAGGUUUAUUAUUUUCAAGAUUCGGGUGGGGAAGCCAUCAGCCACGCGACGGCGUUUUUAAAAAACAUAAAUUUGAGAUUCGCCGCCCACGGUGGAUGGCCCGGUCACUCGUGAGUCCCACGCCACCGUCAGAUUUUAAUUUUCCUUCCCCCCACCCCCAGGAAAUGCCUGCUUUAUUUUUAAACCAGGGAAAGGCUUAGGGUGUUGUGGAGAAAGGGAGACGCCGAAGACCGAGCAACUCAGACGGAGGGGAUGCAUUUAGGGGCCUGUGAUAUUCGGGACAUAAAUUUGGGGGUUUCGGAUGAGAAAGGGGCUGUGUUUCUGUUGUGGAAUAGUGAAGUCAAAGAAGAUGUUAAAAAUUUCCUUGUAAAAUCAGCUGCGGAAAGUAGGUUGGUCUUAUUAUAAAAUAACCCCUAUGAUUCAGGAUUAUUUUUAAAUCUGUGGGAAGACGGACAACUCAAGAGCAACAUUUAGAGAGGAAAGGGUCACGAUCAUUUAGCCUGGUUUGGCACAUUUUCCGAUCCUCUCGAGAGUUGUCCCUUCACGUCUUAAAAUCUGGGAAUGUAAUAGGGGUAGAGUUUUUCUUUUUGACCGGUUCCAUCCUGCUAGGGCCUCGUUCGCUGGACAAACCCUGCAUUCGAGGGCCAUCCCGGGGCUGAGAGAAAUACGGUUUCUCCAGCUGGCAAGACGGGAGCCGAAGGGCGGAAGUGAGCGGGGGAGCGGAUUUGGGCUAGCCAUUAAGUGAAACGUGGUGAAGCCUUGUAGAGCAAGCUGAGCGACGCCUGAUCCACGGCAGGAUGGGAGGAGCUCAACCUGGGCCGCAGCUCCCCCCGAUGUCUUCAGGUGUCGGCCUCCCGAGGCCCUGCUCUGUGGGUUCUCCCUGAGGGUGGCUAUCUUAGAACUGGGAGCUGAAGAUGUGGGACGGAACGCCGGCCCUCCUGGAGCCGGGAAAUGUCGGCAGCGGCACUACUACGGCCACCGCCCCCUCUAGCGACAGCAGGCGCCUCGGCUCUUGCUUCCGGGGUGCCAACGGCACCGAGGAGCACAAGGGCGACAUCGCCUCGCCGUGGUUCUCCACCGUCUUUGGGAUCAUCGGCCUUGGUUCCAACCUCUUCGCCCUCUGCGUGCUGGUCAGCGCCUCCCGGAGAAUGCACAGCCGCUCCCGUUCCUCCUUCCUGGUCUUCCUCUGUGGCCUGGUGGCCACCGACUUCAUGGGGCUGCUGGUGACCUUCUCGGUGGUGGUCCCCUACCACUUCCUCCGCUUCGACUGGCGGCGCGUCGACCCCGGGUGCCACCUCUGCGGCUUCAUGGGCUUCGCCAUGGUCUUCUUCGGCCAGUGCCCAUUGCUCCUGAGCGCCACCAUGGCCGGGGAGCGCUUCCUGGGCAUUUACCGACCCUUCUCCCACUCCAUCAGCAUGUCCAAGCGCCGAGCGUGGACCCUGGUGUCUGCGGUGUGGGCCGUAGGCUUCUGCCUCGCCCUCCUCCCCUUUCUCGGCCUGGGCGAAUACACCUUGCAAUAUCCUAACUCCUGGUGUUUCCUCACCUUGCUUCACGAUCCACGGAACGUGGCCUUCAGCCUGCUCUUCGCCCUGCUGGGCAUGUUCUGCGUGGGCCUCUCUUUCCUGCUCAACACCAUCAGUGUGGUGGCCCUCUGCCGGCUCUACCACGAUGCCGAAUCUGUCCAGCGCCGGCGGGACAGUGAGGUAGAGAUGAUGGUCCAGCUGGUGGGCAUCAUGUUGGUGGCCAGUGUCUGCUGGCUCCCCCUGCUGAUCCUCAUCGCCCAGACGGUUCUUCAGGACGCUCCAAGCGGGUUGGCCCCCAACGAGAUUUCCCGGGAAACGGAGAAGAAGCUGCUUAUCUGCCUGCGGGCCGCGACGUGGAACCAGAUCCUUGACCCCUGGGUUUACAUCCUGUUCCGUCGGGCGGUCCUGAGGCGCAUCUAUCCCAGCUUUAAGCCAAGACCCUCCAUCAUCUCUCUGUACCCCAUGAUCAACCCUUCACUGCGCCGGAAAUUCACCCAGGAGUCUGUGCUGCAGUAGAAAAUGCCCGUGUUUGCUUUGGUUUGGUUUGGUUUAGUUUUCCAUGCAUGGGGUGACGAGCGAGGGAUAGGAAGGGCUAGUGGUUAGAGCAACGGGGGCCGCAGCUUGGCUUUGUCGUACCACUCACUGCUUUAAGCCGGAGAUUGGAACCAGGUGCAAGGUGCGGGGGAGAAACCUUUGUGUGAAGAUUUGUGCAAGUUUUAUCCCAUGUCCAAGCUCGGGAAAGUUAGUUUAUGGACUACAAAACCCAGAAUCCCCCUUCCCACCUAUGCUAGCACUGGGCCUUGCCCGUGAUCCUGCAUGUCAAGGGGCAGCCGCAGACUCCAGUUUCAAGAAUGCGGAGAGUCCAUGCCAGGAUUCAGCCUGAGCGCUGUAGGAACUGUCUAGGGUGCUGAAACCAAACCUCAAAUUGACCUCCAGGACUUGGAUAACUCUUGUGACACAGCAAUGGAAAAUGCGAAAUGGAUUAAUGGACCCUCUGGAACUGGAGUCCCCGGCUUCCCCCAAACCCUGCAUGAGCUGUUUAUGACGUCUCAACCGAUCCUGUCAGAGAACGGAUCUGUUUUAUUGAGAACCCACAAUGCUGGACGAGGUUUAUUCCGAUGUACGCGGAAAAUGUAUGCAUGAUCGUUGUGUUAAUAAAUCGGGAGGGUGUCGUG